CCUAUAUAAGUAACACUCUCCCUUUCCCUUUUCUUAAGUAUCUCUCCUCCUAAACUCAUCCCCAUUAUCUUUCUUUCCUAGGUGAUUAAUACUGUAAAUAGGGAAGAAUAAUGAGUCGUCGUGUUACUGACAAUCCUGAAGAAAUGGAUACGGACAUAUCAAGAGUGGCUUCUUCACGGAGGCACUCAGAGAACUUGCCAUAUGUUCACAAAGUUGGUGUUCCGCCAAAACCAAAUUUACUUAAGGAGAUUACGGAAACUGUGAAGGAAACAUUUUUUCAUGAUGAUCCAUUACGACAUUUUAAGGACCAAUCUAAGACAAAGAAAUUGGUACUUGGGAUUCAAGCUGUUUUUCCAAUUCUUGAUUGGGGAAGGUCUUAUAAUUUGUCCAAGUUUAAAGGUGAUCUUAUUGCUGGCCUUACUAUAGCCAGUCUUUGUAUCCCUCAGGAUAUUGGUUAUGCAAGACUUGCAAAUUUGGAUCCUCAAUAUGGGCUAUAUAGUAGUUUUGUGCCACCUUUGGUUUAUGCCUUCAUGGGAAGUUCAAGAGAUAUUGCUAUAGGGCCAGUGGCUGUGGUGUCUCUGUUGCUUGGAAGUAUGCUUCAGCAAGAAGUUGAUCCUGUUAAACAAAAACUGGAGUAUCAGCGUCUUGCUUUCACUGCUACAUUUUUUGCAGGCAUUACUCAGUUCAUUCUUGGAUUUUUCAGGCUGGGUUUCUUGAUUGACUUUCUAUCUCAUGCUGCCAUUGUUGGCUUCAUGGCUGGAGCAGCCAUUACUAUCAGCCUUCAACAACUGAAGGGUCUACUUGGCAUAAAGAAAUUCACAAAGGAAACCGACAUUGUUUCUGUUAUGAAAUCAGUUUUUGCUGCAGCACAUCAUGGGUGGAACUGGCAGACUAUUGUGAUAGGAGUAUCUUUCUUGGCUUUCCUUCUAGCUGCCAAGUUCAUUGGAAAGAAGAACAAGAAAUACUUUUGGGUGCCUGCAAUUGCUCCGUUGAUUUCUGUUGUCCUCUCAACGCUCUUUGUGUUUCUCUUCCAUGCUGAAAAACAUGGUGUCCAAAUUGUAAAACACAUCGAUCGAGGGAUCAAUCCCCCAUCAGUAAAGGAGAUCUAUUUCAGUGGUGAAUAUUUAGCCAAGGGAUUCAGAAUUGGUGCAAUUGCUGGUUUGAUAGCACUAACGGAGGCUGCAGCAAUUGGAAGAACAUUUGCAGCAUUGAAGGAUUACCAAAUUGAUGGGAACAAAGAAAUGGUAGCUUUAGGAACAAUGAAUAUAGUUGGCUCAAUGACAUCCUGCUAUGUGGCUACUGGAUCCUUUUCUCGUUCAGCAGUCAACUAUAUGGCUGGAUGCCAAACGGCAGUCUCAAAUAUUGUCAUGUCUUGUGUUGUGUUGCUAACUCUAGAACUGAUUACACCAUUGUUCAAAUACACACCGAAUGCUAUACUGGCUUCCAUCAUCAUAUCUGCCGUUAUCGGGUUGAUAGAUGUCGAUGCAAUGACUCUUCUGUAUAAGAUUGAUAAGUUUGAUUUCGUUGCUUGCAUGGGAGCCUUCUUAGGGGUGGUUUUCGAUUCUGUUGAGAUAGGCCUCUUGAUCGCGGUUGCUAUAUCAUUUGCCAAAAUCCUUCUCCAAGUUACAAGGCCUCGGAUUGCUGUUCUUGGCAAGGUCCCGAGGACUACUGUAUACAGAAACAUACAACAAUAUCCGGAAGCAACAAAAGUCCCUGGCAUUCUUAUUGUGAGAGUUGAUUCUGCUAUCUAUUUUUCCAACUCCAAUUACAUGAGGGACAGGAUACUAAGAUGGCUAACUGAUGAAGAAGAACAAAUAAAAGAAACUAAUCAACAGAAGAUCCAGUAUUUAAUAGUUGAAAUGUCACCUGUUACUGAUAUAGAUACCAGUGGAAUUCAUGCCUUAGAAGAUUUGGUCAAGUCCCUCCAGAAAAGAAAUGUUGAACUUGUUCUGGCAAAUCCGGGGCAAAUGGUGCUCGACAAACUUCAUGCAUCUGGUUUUCCAGACAUGAUUGGAGAAGACAAGAUUUUCCUAACCGUGGCAGAUGCUGUCAUGACAUGUGCUCCAAAAUUGGAGCCUUGAAUGUUGAGAAAAUACACUACAUUAACCAGUCUUUUGUUUUGAGUGAAAAGCAGACAAGAGAAAAAUGCUGGUAUCAAUUGUUUAACUGGAAAAAGUUCAAGCUGUCUGUAUGAUGUUUGAAGGGAAAUUUGUAAAUCUGCUUUUGGUUAGGCAUUGUAAAGCCUUUUUUUUCUUUUGGUUCUUUUUUCCUUUUGUCACAUAACUAUCUUUCUUUCUUUUAACUCCGUGUAUCUUUUUGUGGUGCUUCUUUCACAUUCAAUAUUCUAGAAAGAGUGCUGCUUGACUAAUUUACCUUGUACCCUUGGUCUGUUGAAUUAGGUAUGUGAUAUGUGUUAAAAGCUUGAGAAAUGCACAAUAUGUUUUGUUGUUGAGCUCCAA